AUGAAGAAGACGUUUCCGGCAGUGGAAACAUGUAGUUCGAUUGGUCGGGAGAAUGAUACGGUGGUGGCGGACAUGGACGGGACCCUUUUGAGAGGUCGAAGCUCGUUCCCUUACUUUUCGUUGGUUGCUUUUGAGGCGGGCGGGGCUCUUCGCCUUCUUAUGGUGCUCCUCUCGGCACCAUUGGCGGGGCUUCUUUACUACUUUGUAUCGGAGUCUGCGGGUAUCCAGGUCCUUAUAUUUGCCACCUAUGCUGGAAUGAAGGUGUCUGACAUUGAGUCCGUGGGUAGAGCGGUGUUGCCAAAGUUCUACUCGAGUGACCUCCACCCUGAGUCAUGGCGGGUGUUCUCGGCCUGUGGGAAGCGAUGCGUGCUGACGGCCAACCCAAGGAUCAUGGUGGAGGGUUUCUUGAAGGAGUUUUUGGGAGCUGAUAUAGUUUUGGGGACGGAAAUUGGAACCUAUAAAGGUAGAGCAACCGGGUUUGUGCUCAGCCCGGGCGUCCUUGUGGAUGAACAAAAGGCUCACGCACUUGUUAAACAAUUUGGUCACGACAAUCAACCAGACAUUGGGCUGGGUGACCGCUCUACAGACUUUCCAUUUAUGGAAUUAUGCAAGGAGAGUUACAUUGUGCCAUACAACCCAGAAGUGAAGCCCGUACCAAACGAAAAGCUACCUAAGCCCAUAGUGUUCCACGAUGGGCGGCUAGUACAAAAGCCCACCCCCCUAAUGGCCAUCCUCACCCUCUUAUGGAUACCCAUUGGUUUCCUCCUUGCCUGCCUCCGUAUCGCCGCAGGUGCACUUCUCCCAAUGCCACUAGUCUACUACGCCUUCUGGGCCCUCGGCGUUCGCGUCGUAGUCAAAGGAAACCCUCCCCAAGCGGUCAAUAAAGCUUCCGGACAAACCGGUGUUCUCUUUAUUUGCUCCCACCGCACCCUCCUUGACCCCAUUUUUCUCUCCACCGCCCUCGGCCGCCCCAUCCCUGCCGUCACCUAUUCCGUCUCCCGUCUCUCUGAGGUCAUCUCCCCCAUCAAGACCGUCCGGUUAUCCCGUGACCGAGCCACCGACGCCUCCAUGAUCAAGAAGCUUCUGGAAGAAGGCGACUUAGCUAUAUGCCCGGAGGGUACCACUUGUAGGGAGCCCUUUCUACUCCGGUUCUCGGCCAUGUUUGCGGAGCUGACUGACCACCUUGUGCCGGUGGCGAUGGUCAACAAGAUGAGCAUGUUUCACGGUACCACGGCGAGAGGGUGGAAAGGGAUGGACCCCUUUUACUUCUUCAUGAACCCUAGUCCGGUUUAUGAAGUCACCUUCUUGAAUAAGUUGCCUCUAGAAUUAACAUGCAGCAGCGGCAAGUCUAGCCAUGAGGUGGCUAAUUAUAUACAAAGGGUGAUUGCAGCUACACUUUCUUAUGAGUGUACUGCCUUUACCCGAAAGGACAAGUAUCGAGCACUCGCCGGAAACGAUGGCACGGUGUCUGAGAAGCCUAAGCAAAAGGGGGCCAACAAACUUAUGGGGUGUUAAUGUGAUCAUUUCAUUUAAGUUAUUAAAAUUUUCAUAAAUAUCGCCAUGCAUGCAUGCAUGUGUAAAUCUUAUAUACAAAAAAAAAAAAAAAAAAAAAAAAACCCUUUUAGUUUUCGUUUCUUCCUGGUUCAAGAAUAAUGCAAAUUUUGUAACUUCAACGUACUAACGUACUUUGCUUUGGUAUA